CUGCACGUCCAAGAGGCCUCCGGCAACCACCUGAGCACCGAACCGAGCCAACCCACCACCAGCGUGGACCUCGAUUUUUUGGAAGAUGACAUCCUGGGCUCGCCGGCCAGCGCCGGGGCGAACUUGCCCAACUCGGAACAACCCUGUGACAUCCUCCAGCAGAGCCUUCAAGAGGCCAAUAUCACCGAGCAGACUCUGGAGGCCGAGGCCGAGCUGGAUCUGGGUUCUUUCCAGUUGCCCACCCUUCAGCCCGUGGUGCAGGCGGGCUCUGAUGGCGCCCCGCAGAUUUUUUCCGGCGGCGCCGACCUGAUCGGUUUGCAGCAACCCGCCGUCUUGACCCACCAGGCCUUGGUGCAGCAGUCGGUGGGCGCCGAGGUGGUCAACAAAGCCAUCAGCGUUCAACCGUUCCUUCAACAAGUUGGGUUGGGCAACGUCACCAUCCAACCCAUCUCCAAUCUUCAGGGUUUGCCCAACGGUAGCCCCGGCGGGACGCUGGGUAUAGGACCUAUCCAAGUGGUUGGCCAACAAGUGAUGGCCAUCAACCAACCGGCCCAACAGAUCAUCGCCAAGCAGGUUCAACCCUCGGGCGUGGCCACCAUGCCAGUGGGCAGCUACAUCACCCAAACGGCACCCGAGCAGCAGCAGGUCACGUUGGCCUCCACGGGGGUUUCUCCACAAAACGCCGGCCUCGUCAUCCAAAAGAACUUACCGACGGUGGCCACCACCACGCUCAACGGCAACUCCAUGUUCGGCAACGUCUCGGGGACUCAGGGCUCCCAACCGCUCACCGUCACCUCCAACCUGAGCAGCCCCUUGGUGCAGGCCCAGAACGUCAUCAUCCACCGGACGCCCACCCCGAUUCAACCCAAACCCGCCGGCGUCCUGCAGCAGAAGCUCUACCAGAUCACCCCCAAACCCUUCGGCCCCAACAACGCCACCUUGACUAUCCAGAACGAAGCCGCCCUGCAGCAGCAAAAGGCCCAACAAAACUUGACCUUCAUGGCUGGCAAACCCGGGCAGAACGUGGUGCUGUCGGGCUUCCCCCAGGGCCUCCCCGCCAACGUUUUCAAGCAGCCGCCGCCCCAGCAGCAAGCCCUCAGCAAACCCAUGAGCGUCCACCUGCUAAACCAGGGCAGCAGCAUCGUCAUCCCGGCCCAGCACGUCCCCCAGGCCAUGCUGCAGGGUCAAAACCAGUUUUUACUCCCGGGGCAACUGGCGGGAGCUUCGGCCGUGCAGCUCCCGCAGCAGCUCUCUGCCUUGCCAGCAAACAUGGGGGGACAAAUCCUGACCACCUCGCACCCCGGCGGGCAAGCCCACAUCAUCACGAGCCAAGGGCCCGGCGGGCAACUGAUCACCAACCAAGCUUUGCCGGCGCAGAUCCUCACCAACCAGAACAUCGCCGGGCAACUGAACCUGGGCCAGGUCCUGACCUCCCAGAAUGCCCACGGCACCGCUCACAUCCUCUCGGCCCCCAUCCAGCUCCAACCCGGGCAAGUGGGCCAGCCGGCGCUUUUCCAGAUGCCCGUUUCCUUGGCUGGCAGCUUGACCACUCAAAGCCAACCCUCCGUAGCCGCUUCUUUAGGCCAGACUGGCCAAACGGUGAUCCAGGGCGUGACCUUACCCAACCAGGUAGCCAUGCUCAACGCCGCCGAGAACUUGGGCCAGGCGGUCAGCAUCCAAACCUCGGCUACUAGCCAGAGCCCGGGGCUCGGCCAGCCUCAACCGGCCUCGGGAGCCGGCUUGUUGCCCGCCACCGACCAAUCCUCCAUCCUCACCGUCCAAACCGCCGCUCAACCGCCCGCCCCGCUGCAGCUCAACGUCCCGCCGCCGCCGCCGCCCGCCCAGCAGCCGGGGGCUUCCCAGCCCAGUCCCAGCCUGGCCUCCAGCCCGGAGAAGAUCAUCCUGGGCCAGGCGGCCGCCGGAGCCGUCAUUAACCAGGACUCCAUGCAGAUGUUCCUGCAGCAGGCAAGUACAAGCCACCCCGGGCGUGUUUGUAGCCCGCGGGGGCCUGUGGAGGGCGACGCCGGGCGCUGCGGGGGGGGGGUUGUGUUUGAUUCGGGUGUCGCGUGGGCCGAGAGCGCUCUUGGCGUGGCCUGA